UUUACUGGCCAAGAUGGCGGUGGCGGCUGCCGUGGCGCGAGUAUGCGGGCCACGACGAAUCCUAGGCCAAGUUGGCCUCCGCUUUCUGCGGCCGCAUGGGACUCGGAGUCUGGCUACGUCCCACCCCCAGAGGCAACAGGAGCACUUCUCCUCCCUGGAUGACAAGCCCCAGUUCCCGGGGGCCUCGGCCGAGUUCAUCGACAAACUGGAGUUCAUCCAGCCUAAUGUCAUCUCGGGGAUCCCCAUCUACCGUGUCAUGGACCGCCAGGGCCAGAUCAUCAACCCCAGCGAGGACCCCCAUCUGAGCCAGGAGCAGGUGCUCAAGUUCUACCGGAGCAUGACGCUGCUCAACACCAUGGACCGCAUCCUGUAUGAGUCCCAGCGGCAGGGCCGUAUCUCCUUCUACAUGACCAACUAUGGUGAGGAGGGCACGCACGUGGGCAGCGCGGCAGCCAUGGACAACACAGACCUGGUGUUUGGCCAGUACCGGGAAGCAGGCGUGCUGAUGUACCGGGACUUCCCCCUGGAGCAGUUCAUGGCCCAGUGCUAUGGCAAUGUCAACGACCUGGGCAAGGGCCGCCAGAUGCCUGUGCACUACGGCUGCAAGGAGCGACACUUUGUCACCAUCUCCUCACCGCUGGCCACACAGAUCCCCCAGGCGGUAGGCGCUGCCUACGCGGCCAAGCGGGCCAACGACAACAGGGCCGUCAUCUGCUACUUCGGCGAGGGUGCGGCCAGUGAGGGCGACGCUCAUGCUGGCUUCAACUUCGCUGCCACCCUGGAGUGCCCCAUCAUCUUCUUCUGCCGAAACAACGGCUACGCCAUCUCCACGCCCACCUCGGAGCAGUAUCGCGGGGAUGGCAUCGCUGCCCGAGGCCCUGGCUACGGCCUCUUGUCCAUCCGUGUAGACGGCAAUGAUGUGUUCGCUGUGUACAACGCCACCAAGGAGGCGCGGCGUCGGGCCGUGGCCGAGAACCAGCCCUUCCUCAUCGAGGCCAUGACCUACAGGAUCGGGCACCACAGCACCAGUGAUGACAGCUCAGCCUACCGCUCGGUGGACGAGGUCAACUACUGGGACAAGCAGGACCACCCCAUCUCGCGGUUGCGCCACUAUAUGCAGAGCCGCGGCUGGUGGGACGAUGAGCAGGAGAAGGCCUGGCGGAAGCAGUCCCGCAAGAAGGUGAUGGAGGCCUUUGAGCAGGCCGAGCGGAAGCCAAAGCCCAGCGUCAGCCUGCUCUUCUCGGACGUGUACCAGGAGAUGCCCGCACAGCUCCGCAAGCAGCAGGAGGCCCUGACCCGGCACCUACAGACCUAUGGCGAGCACUACCCACUGGAGCACUUCGACAAGUGAGGCCGCUUGCCCAUCCCUUCCACUGCCUCUGGACGCUGGCGGGGGUG